UGUUUAUGGCGGGUCAGCCGUCAGGAUCAGGCUCCGAAUCGAUUCAAAUAGUAAAAUUGCAUGCUUUUGGAAAUUGGAGAGAAGUUCAGAGUCGAACUAUGCCUGGACAAAUUUAUUAUUACAAUCGAUUGACUGAGAUUUCCACAUGGGACAAACCACAGGAAUGGCUCGACUAUGAAGCUCGGCAGGCGAGGUUGGAACGAGAACGGCGAGACACUACUCUACUCUCGGAGCCAGAACAACAGUCAGAUGGCAAUGAAUAACUGAAAUUCUAAGCUUUUUCCCGAAUUUUUAUCCGAAAAUGUGCCCCCAUUCCAGUGAUGAUCUCUCAUUUCCCCCGCGACUUUUUUUUCUCAUUUUUCGUGUAUUUUUCCGUUUGUGUGCAAAAGAUUAGACAAUUCUCGUCGUAGAACUAAUGUAAAUUUUGUAAUAUAAAAUUUAAAAAAUUUU